AUGCCAAUCCCUGAAGAGACUAAUACAGAACCUCUAAAUUACGACGUCGCAUUACAGGAUUUAGACGCUGAGAAAUGGGUUGUUGCUAUAAAAUCUGAAAUUGAGUCCAUGUGCUCCAAUCAAGUCUGGGACCUUGUAGAACUACCUACUGGAGUCAAACCCGUUGGAUGGAGAUGGAUCAAUAAGAAAAAGAGAGGAGCGGAUGGAAAAGUGCAAACUUCUAAAGCCAGGCUUGUUGCAAAAGGGUUUACUCAUAAAGAAGGGAUUGAUUAUAAGGAAACCUUUUCGCCAGUAGCCAUGCUUAAAUCCAUUAGGAAUCUCUUAUCCAUUGCUGCUCAUUACGAUUAUGAGAUUUGCAAAUGGAUGUCAAGACGACUUUCCUUAAUGGAAGUCUUGAUGAGUGCAUCUAUAUGGCAAAACCAGAUGGUUUCAUAA